GGAGGAAGAAUUUAGGUGGAGCUGAUGUAAACUGGGGAAAACAUACUGUGAUCUUCUUUCAGUUUGCAUCCUAGGAACAUGAAGGACAGGGUCAUAAAGAUAAUGAAGAGCAUGCUCCUUUUCCUAAUUUUGCUGGGAGUAGUAUCUGGAAGAAGAUCCCAGUUGCUUAAGGGCUUACCUGCAACAAGCACUGUUGAAGAAAACUCAGCAGCUGGUGUUGCAGUCUAUGACUUUAAUGUGACUGUUUCUCCAUUGGCUUCUGAAGGCAUUGCAAUUCUUCCUACCAUAGUAAAUUCAAAUCCACUCACAGCAGCUUUUGGCAUUGUAUCAAAAGGAGGUCUUGAAUUCACAGUUAUUACCACUGGAAACCCUGUCCUGGAUUAUGAAACUAUGCCAAAGCGUUUUGAUUUGGAGAUUUUUGUUGAAGAUACAGCUGGAAGAACUGACCUUAACAAAUUGACUAUUCAAGUAACAGACAAAAAUGAACAUCCUGUAUUUCGAGGAAAUAUGGCAAUUCAAACUGUGACAAUCUAUGUGCUGGAGAGGACACCUCCAGAACGCAUUUACCAAGUUGAUGCGGCUGAUCCUGAAAAUGCAGAACUCAAAUAUUCACUGCUCCCUGCAACAGUGCCAUUCUCAGUCAAGGAAAAUGGAGACAUUUUUUCCACAAAAGAAUUUGAUUAUGAGAAAGAUCCACAUUGUUACUUUUUAAACAUAACAGUGACAGAUCCAGAUGGACUCAACUCAACUAGAACAGUGCAUAUAAAUAUAAUUAACAUCAAUGAUGAAAGGCCUUACUUUACCACAAAACAAAGAAUCUACAGGAUUCCAGAGGAACAAAGCCCAGGCACCAUUGUUGCCAAUAUAACAGCUAAAGAUCCUGAUGAUGAAGAUUCCCCCAGCAGACUUUUCUACAGCAUCCAGUCAUCUAACAGACACUUUUCCAUAAAUCCAGCAACUGGAGUGGUGCAGGUGGCCGGGAGAAUCGACCGGGAUGCGCUUCCGCUGCGGCUGCAUCCCAACAUCUCACUGACGGUCCGGGUGGAGGAUGGCCCCAGCAGUGGCCAUGCCAGAGAAAUGGAGAUCACUGUUGUUAUUGCUGAUGUCAAUGACAACCCCCCAGAAUGCAAUCCUUCUGCCUUCAGGAAAGAAGAAAAUGAAAAUACAGCUCCUGGGACAUUUCUUGUUGAUCUCAGAAAUUACUGUAAAGAUAUUGAUGCUGAUCCAUCAAACAACCAAUUUAUUUUCACUGGAUUAUCUGAUUUUGGAAGCAAUUACUUUGCUCUGGAGUCCAAUGUGUCUGGAAGACUUGUGCCCCACCAGUUCCUGGACAUGUGCAAUGAUGGUUGUUUUCUUUUAAAAAACCAAAAAACUGUGGGCAACUACAGAAAAAGGGAAACAAGAGAAUAUAGGCAUUCUAUGACUGGAACUAUUGAUCUAGAAAACCCAGCUAAUCCAGGAGUUGAAGUUUAUACUUUGACUGUCAGGGUGCAAGAUACUGCCUAUCCUAAGUACUCAAAUAUCAUCUACAUUUACAUCAGGAUAAAGCCAGUGAAUGAAUUUUUUCCAGUCUUCCGUAAUUUAUCUUAUGUAUUUAGUGUUUCAGAAAUUACUAAAGUUGGAUCCAGCAUUGGAAGAGUGCAUGCCACAGACAAGGACUGGCCACCCAAUGUCAUCACUUACUCCAUUGUAGCUGGAGCUGGCACCAGCGCUUACACAAAUAUCUUCUGGAUCAGCCCAACGAAAGGAGAUGUGAGGAUUUUAGCUAGGUUAGACUAUGAAACAACUCAGAAACAUAUUUUCACAGUACAGGCCUCAGACCAAGAGAAGUCUACAACAGCAUCAGUAACUGUGAAUGUUUUGGAAGUAAAUGAUGAAGAACCAGUUUGUUCACCCAAUUUCUUCUCACUUCAAAUCCCAGUCAAUUUAGCUGUUGGGACCAAUAUUAAUGGCUUCAGGAUUGAAUGUCAAGAUCGUGAUUCUGAUCCCAGAUCUUUCCGGUACUUCAUUAAUGAAGGCAAUGAGAACAGUCAUUUCACCUUUUCACCAAGUGCUGGCUCCAACACAUCUCGUCUGAUUCUUGCCUCAAGGUUUGACUAUGAGAGUGGACUUGAUACAAACUGGGUUUACAGUCUGCGUGUCCACAUAACAGACGACAAUUUAGCAUCUGCCAGGGACAAAACUACACACUUAACUAAAACUGGAACAGUGACUUUAAGCAUCAGAGUUAUCCCAAACCCAACUACUGCCACAACCACUACACCUGGCUUCACUGUUGUGACGAGAAGGGAGAACCUCUACUCUCCGUCGGCGUGGUACGUGCCCUUCGUGCUCACGCUGGGCGCCUCGCUGCUCCUCGGGCUGCUGGGCUACCUGGGGCUCCUGCUGCUCGCCCGGCUCCGCCGUCCUGCACCAGGGAAAGCACGCAGCACCCCUCUGAUAAAUGCUCCAGGAAAGAAGAAGCCUAAGAAAGAAGUAGUUAUGACAAUGACAAAGCUAAACACUGUCUUUGAUGGAGAAGCCAGAGACCCAGUUACUGGCAGAAUGUAUGAGUUCAAUACACAGUCGGGGGCCCGGAGGUGGAAGAAGAGCAAUGAGCCCCUGCAGCCAAUGCUGGCUAUGCAGGUAAUGUCCAGUGCCACAGAAAAUAGUGGCCAAGGGGUGGAUAGAGCAGAGGCACCAAGCAAAAAAGAGUCUUCAGAGAAGAAGAAAGAGCUGACUGCAGCAACAAAACCAGCUGCCAAGCCCUCAGCAGGGCAAUCAGAAACACGAGGCCAAGCUGGGCUGAGAUUGCAAAAGAAGAAGGAGGAGUCUGAGGAUGGAGGCUUGUCCUCACCAGCCCCUUAAGGCAGGAACUGACCUCCCCUCCCCACAUGAAUUCUGCUUUUCUAUUAGGCCAGAGUGCAUGAGACUCCAAGGCACCUCCCAAGUGACCCCCAAUCUGAACAGCCAAAGAAUCAGAUGUGAUUGUUCUCUCUCUCUCAGCUGUAAAACAAAAGGUGGCCACAAGAUGUGUAAACCAGACCCAAAGGCAGGAUGAAUCUGGAUGAACCUUUGGCAGGUGCAUGUAAGAGCAGGAGAGAAGAAGAGGAAACAAAGCAGAGUCAUGGACAGAAGCAUUCAGUGCCCACUGCCUCCUACAGACACUGGUAACUUCCCCCUGGAAAAGUCUGCACCUUGGGCAGGCAUGGCCCCAUCCUCUGACUGCCUUUGGGAAUGGCAGCAUACACAGAUGUGUUUUCUCAACAAUGAAUGGGGUCUCCUCUCCCUGCUGAGCAACCAAAUCAGUGAAAAGCACAGCAGGGUAGAAAUGUUUGCUGGUAGAAGCUAAAAAUAUUUUCUUUUCAGUCAGUAUUUUAUUUCAGCCCUUUCUUGCCCUCCCAUCUUGCUGCAGAAAAGUCCAUGGCUUGAAAGCAGUUCUGGAGUAGAGAAAACCCACAGCUUCUUGUGGCAUCUCAGGCUGUCAACACUUUCAGCUUAUUUAUCUUUUGCAACACUAAGAGCAUUCAAUAUCUUCACCUUUGGUAUUUCCUCUGGCACAUUUAAUGCUUUACAGGAUCAAGUGGAAUAUACUCAAAAGAAUAAUGACAGUAAACACAUGGGAUGAAAUAAUCUUUUCUGAGUGUGAGUAUAUAUAAUGUAAGUGCUGUCUAAAAACCUGAUAUAAAACAAACAAACCUGACAAGAUUUUAUAAAAUUAUUUUAAUCUGAAGAAAAGUAAUUAUAAAUGAUGACUUAGUACUCCAUGGCUUGUCUUAGCUUGUUUUCUUUCCUGAUUGCAGAAACGUUUUUUGACAGCAAGGGACUGAUAACAGGUGGUAAAAGAAAAUUUCAGUUUAAGUUGAGCAGUGGCAGUCAAUGAAGAUUA